AGAUCUCACCGUGAGCAUUCAGGAUGAAGCUGAUAUGUAUAUCCCUGCUCCUCUUCAUAUGGGUUUCUCCAAUGUGGACAACACCUUGCAAGACCGUUGUACGGAUAAAAAAACAAGCUAUGGAAUAUGGUGAGUACCAUUUUCACAUAAACUGACUGGCAAUUCUAGAAAAUGCAGUUCAACAACAGCUAAGACCCAAGGUUGUAUAUAUUUUAUAAGUGUAUAUUCCUUAUUUGCAAUUAAGUCGAAUUUAAAAAUAAUCUUUGACACAUUGCUUAAAAUGAUCAUUAAGCUCUUACAAAAAAAGUGUUCUUGUUUUUUUAUUCUAAAAUGUAUAUAGAUAGUAUCUGAAGGUAGAAAUGUCAUUGAUACAAUGCAAUAUAUGAUUUCAAAUUAACUCAUUUCUGGAUAUUUCUCUAAACCAUAUAGAACUAAAAUAACAGACACAGUAAAGAGUAAAAGAAAGUCUAGUUGGCAUCCCCAAGACCCACUAAAAACAGGACAGAGUCUGGACUUGUUCACAUCCCUUCCAUCAUGCCAUGUGCAUAUGUUUCCAUAGAUUUGCAGGAGGGAUAAGCCAAAGGGCAAAUGAUUUAGGUAAACUAGAAAAAUGGUCAGAGUUGUGGCAACUGACAUUUAAUGUGGAUAAGUGCAAGAUAAUGCACCUGUGACGUUAAAACCCAAGGGCAGAGUAUAUAAUAUUUGAUACAGUACUUACUUCAGAUGACCUAAAGAUAUGCAGACAAUGUAAUAGAGAAGCAGGACAUGCUAGCAGAAUGCUUGGUUGUAUAGGGAAAGGUAUUAGCAGUAGAAAGAGGGAAGUGAUCAUGCCUUUGUACAGAACACUGGUGAGACCUCAUUUGGAGUAUUGUACGCAGUACUGGGACCGUAUCUCCAGAAGGAUAUUGAUACUUUAGAGAGAGUUCAGAGAAGGGCUACUAAAAUGGUUCAUAGAUUGCAGGAUAAAACUUACCAGGAAAGGUUAAAGGAUCCUUACAUGUAUAGCUUGGAGGAAAGACGAGGCAGGGGGAUAUAGAAACAUUUAAAUACACAGUAAAGGAUGAAAGUUUAUUCAAAAGAAGAAAAACUACCACAAUAAGAGGACAUAGUCUUAAAGAGGGACAAAGGUUUAAAAAUAAUAUCAGGAAGUAUUAAUUUACUGAGAGGGUAGUGGAUGCAUGGAAUAGCCCUCCAGCUGAAGUGGUAGAGGUUAACACAGUGAGGGAGUUUAAGCAUGUGUGGGAUAGGCAUAAGGCUAUCCUAGCUAUAAGAUAAGGCCAGGGACUAAUUAAAGUAUUUUAAAAAUUGGGCAGACUAGAUGGGCCGAAUCGUUAUUACCUGCUGUCACAUUCAAUGUUUCUAUAUAAUUAAGGGGGUUAAAAUAAUAGGUUUGGGUCUUUUUGACUCCUCCAGGAACAAUAGAGAGUCAUAUUGUGUUUGAUACCCAACCUCCUAUAGACUACAAGCUCGUAUGAGCAGGGUCCUCUUCAACCUAUUGUUCCUGUAAGUUUUUUGUAAUUGUCCUAUUUACAGUUAGUCCUCCCCCCUUAUAAUAGUGUAAAGUGCUAGGGAAUCUGUUGACGCUAUAUAAAUGGCAAUAAUAAUAAUAACAGUUACAACAUGCUUUUAUAUCCCCUAGUGUGCAGAGAAGAAAAAAAAAUCAACCGUUAUCAAAUGUCUCUGGAAGUCCACCUUAUCGCUUUUUUCAGCCAUCAGGCCUAUUUGUUUAUCUAGAAGUUAAACUUCAUACUGUAAACUUCCAAAAAUGCUCAGAAUUGAAAAAUUCAAGAGAAUUCAUUUACUUGGUUGUUUUUAAGUAUUACAAAUUAUCUAUGGUUUCAAUAAAUUCAAUUUAUAUUUAGACGAUCCACAACUCAAAAAAACUAAACAAACUGUUCCUUCCAUGUGCAGUUUGUAUUUCCAUGUAUUCUUAUAUUAGCUGUUGAUAACCAGAUUGCAACAACUGCUAUAAAAAAAAUGUUAAAUCUCAGUAAUUCAAAACAAAAAAUUAAGCUUUCUGAUGGGUCUUUUAUUUUUGUAUUUAUUUUUAUUCUUAUUUUACUCCUAUUUUUCCCUUUUUUUUUUAUUUAUUUUGCUUUUCCUAUUUUUUUUCCAUAUAUGCAAAAGACAAAGCAUAUUCAUAUUUAAAAAAAAUAAUACAUAGUUAUCAAAACAUUACGAACAUAUACACAAAUACAUUCAUGUAGACUAACAUACUAACAUAGGACUUGGUGUUAGAGAAUCUUUAUAAAGCAUCCUUGUGAGAUCAAAUGCAACCCUCAAACUAAAGCUGUAUGUAUACUGUAUGUAUAUGUGUGUUCUCUCUGAUUGCCUAUCUUCUGCCAUUUCCUUGCGUAUAUUAUUCCAGAAAAAAUAUUGGGUGUUAUCUUUGUUGGUGUAUAGCAUAAUACCUCUUUCCAUUCUGCAUUGGAAAAUAAACUGAUUUUUGACCACAGGCCAAUUGAUUAAAUGAGAUGAUUUGCAUUUUUUUUUGCUAUAUACAGUUUUACUGCUGUCAUUAAAUGCACAAUUCUUUUUUUGUCUUGUCGAUUCAGCCCUUCUAAAGACAUAUGUAGAAGUGACCUAGUAAGAUCGAAUUUACGUCCUAACCAUUUAGAAAAUAAUGUUUCAAUUUUAGGCCUUAUUGAGCUUAGAAGAGGGCAAUUCCACUAUAUAUAUGCAUCUGAUCUCCCGUUUAUCUAUUAAAUAACUAAUUAAGAGUAGAGGUAAAGAUGAUAGAAUUUCAUUUUGUAGACUUAGCUUUUUUCUGGUCACUUUCCUGUUGCUUAAAAUCUGGCAAAGGGCUAGGCUUCCAUCUAAUCAUAAGACCGUUCUAUUUUUAUUAAAGGACCACUAUAGUGCCAGGAAAACAUACUCGUUUUCCUGGCACUAUAGUGCCCUGAGGGUGCCCCCACCCUCAGGGACCCCCUCCCGCCCGGCUCUGGGGAGAGGAAAGGGGUAAUAACUUACCUUUUUCCAGCGCUGGGCGGAGAGCUCUCCUCCUCCUCUCCGCCUCCGUUACGCCCCGCUGGCUGAAUUUGUAGCGGCAAGAGCUUCUUGGCGCAUUCAUGAAAACGCAAAUGCUUUCCUAUGAACCUCUCUCACUGUGAUUUUCACGGCGCGCAAAAGCGCCUCUAGUAACUGUCAAUGAGACAGCCACUAUUUAACCCAUUCAUAAUUAUAGCAGUUUCUCUGAAACUGCUAUAAUUAUGAAAAAAUGGGUUAACCCUAGAAGGACCUGGCACCCAGACCACUUCAUUAAGCUGAAGUGGUCUGGGUGCCUAGAGUGGUCCUUUAAGUGUGUUCCAAAAAAACCCAAGAAGUUCUUUAUUCACUGCAUUUUGUUCCAAUGAAAACCAACCUUCCUUUGGGCUAUUCCUAUUUUGUGUAAUUAAUAUAGCUGCCUGGGUGUAGUUUUUUUUUUUUUUUUUAUCAAAGAGAUCCCUGAGCCUUCUUUCUCCUUUUUUAUUUAAAAAAAAGUUUCUAGCCCUACUCUUGGUUUCUUACCCAGCCAUAUGGAACUCUUAAAGGCCGAUUGUAAAAGCUCCAACCAGGGCAUUGGAAUUGUUAGAGGAAGCUUUCUAAAGAUAUAUAAAAAUGUAGGGAGUACAUAUGACUUUAUUAGAUUUAUUCAACCCCACCAUGAUAUCUCAAGAACCUUCAAAUUCUUUAAAGAUCUAUUCAUCUGUCUAAUUAGAGGAAAUAAAUGAAUCUCCAUCCAGUUAGUUGGAAAUAAAGAAAUAUUAAUACCCAAAUACGAAAAAUAAUGUUCUGCCCAUGUGAAGCCAUACAGUCAAUCUAGUUGACUUAUUUCUUCAGCUUUUAGAUUUCUUGCCAUUGCUACGGUUUUGCCCAAGUCCAACUUAUAAUUUGAUUCUCUACUAUACACUUUUAUUAUUUUCAUAAUUUCCUGUAGUGAGUUAAGAGGAUCUUCGACCAUUAGUGAAGCGUCAUAAGCAUAGAGUUUCAUUUUUUGCUGAUUCGAGAGUCUAUAUCCUUAAUGCUCUGGUUAUUUCUAAUUUACAAGGCUAACGGUUCAAAAGAAAGUAUUUUAGUACAAGGGGGAGAGCGGGCAUCCCUGCCUAGUUCUGUUUGUGAACUGAAACCCUUCUGCUCUAACUUCCAAGCCUAUAACUCUGCCCGUAGGUGAUGAGUAGAGGACCAUAAUUGCCUGGCAGAUUGUUUCCUGAAUUCCAAAUGCCUUAAGUGCCUCACUCAUAAAAUCCCAGCCGACCCUGGGAAAUCUGUCUCCUAUCAGCAUCUUCAUAUAGACUCAACAGGCUUCUGAUGUGAUUUGUUGAAGAUCUCCCUGGGAUAAAGCCUACCUGAGUCCCUCCAUUAUGGGUUUAAGUCUUUCUGCUAUUACCCCUGCAUAGAUUUGGAGUCCACAUUUAGCAAUGAGAUAGGCCUAUAGCUAGAUACAUCUGUAGGAUCUUUUCCAAGUUUUAGUAUAGGGUUAAUAUUCCUUUUUAACAUUUCCUCUGGAAAUUCACCUCUCACUGCUGUCUCAUUAAACAUCUCCACCAUAUGGAGAGUCAAAUCAUAUUUAAAAAAAGCAUCUUAGCCAUCAUGACCAGGUGACUUUUUUUAAAUUUGAGUCUUUCAAUCAUUUUAAAUACCCCUUGAACAGUAAAGGGUUUAUUAAUCUCCUCUAAUGGCUCUAUUGUUGGCUUUGGGAAUACUUUGUCCCUAAAAUAUUCAAAAUUUCUAUACAUCUAGUCCCUACCAUUAAAGAAUAUAGAACCUGGUAAUAUCUGCUGAGCGCCGAACCUAUCCCUUCUGGUGAAAGAAAUAUCUUUCGAACAAAGGUAAUUUUUUUUAUCUUUGAUUCCGCCUUUUUUUAUUUAUUCGAUAACAUUCUGUCGGCUUUAUUAUCUUUAUAAUAUCUUGCUGAGCUUAGUGCGUCUAGAUUAUGAUUUGCUUUCUCAAUCAACCCAUUGUCUACUCUUUUUUUCAAGGUCAGCAAUGUUAUUAGAUAGAUCUCUUGUGGGCCUUUGUUUAUUUUCUCUCUUCAUAUGAAAUAAUUGAAUAUAGAGAUCGGAGAUCUUCAUUUCUGCCAGUUUUUUUGCUUGGGCUCCCAUUUUCAUCAUUAACCUCGAACUACACUCUCAUAUGCUGUCCAGAUCAUAGAAUAAGAGGUUUCUUCUGAUAAAUUUUCUUUGAAAUAUAAUUCUGUUAUCCUUUUUAUGUGAUCCCUAUUUUUUGAGAUUUUAUUAGCAUGUUAUUUAACCUCCAAUUUCUUUAUAUCCUGAUUGAUUUGUCAUUUAGGUCUAAAACUACUGGGUUGCUGUCAAUCCAGGUCAAUCCAGGUCAGAUCUUGGAUCCUUACAUUCUUAACUUGAUUUGUUACACCCAGGUCUCCUAUAAUCAAAUCUAUUCUGGAAUACGCAUGGUAUGUCUUAGAGAACUAUGUAUAAUCUCUUUCCUCUACAUGAUAUAUUCUCCAUAUAGAAACAUAGAAUGUGACGGCAGAUAAGAACCAUUCGGCCCAUCUAGUCUGCCCAAUUUUCUAAAUACUUUCAUUAGUCCCUGGCCUUAUCUUAUAGUUAGGAUAGCCUUAUACCUAUCCCACGCAUGCUUAAACUCCUUUACUGUGUUAACCUCUACCACUUCAGCUGGAAGGCUAUUCCAUGCAUCCACUACCCUCUCAGUAAAAUAAUACUUCCUGAUAUUAUUUUUAAACCUUUGUCCCUCUAAUUUAAAACUAUGUCCUCUUGUUGUGGUAGUUUUUCUUCUUUCAAAUAUAGUCUCCUCCUUUACUGUGUUGAUUCCCUUUAUGUAUUUAAAUGUCUCUAUCAUAUCCCCCCGUCUCGUCUUUCCUCCAAGCUAUACAUGUUUAACCUUUCCUGGUAAGUUUUAUCCCGCAAUCCAUAAUAUAUAAAUUUAUGAGGGUGUUUAUUUGGAACAUAUACAUUUACCAGAGUCGUACGGUUACCAUUAAUCUCUCCUACUAAAAUUAUAAAUCUGCCAUCUGUGUCAAUCUCUUGAUAUUUCAAUUGGAUCUCUACCUCCCUGGCCACCAAUAUUGCUACUCGUCUUUUUAUUAUUAUUAUUAUUAGGGAGUGAAGAGGUAAAAAACGUUGGGUAUCUGUUGGAUUUUACAUUUAUCAAUUUGUCUCCUGUGUGUCUCUUGUAAACAGCAAAUAUCAAUUCUUUCCUUAAAUUAAAUCUAGGUCAGAAUGGACCUUUUUUGUGAUAAAUUUAACCCCUGUGCUUUAAUCGUACAGAGUCUAACCAUAUUUAAUUACGUUAUAUUUUCAUUGCCUCCUCUAACACCAAGUCCUUUACAAAAAUGCAUUACAUUUACAAAUACACACCAAUUCACAUACACUAACAUAAACAACCAACCUACUAUCCCCACAUAGUAGUUGGAUUUCCACGCCAUUGCACUAUUUCCCUCUGUAUGGAAGUGUUGAGCCAUAACUAGUAUGUCUCAAAGAGCCAAAUAAGUGAGGAAGCCAUUAAUUUAUACCGAGAUAAGCCAGAAGGGCCGGGAACGAAAUUAAAGAAACGAAGAAAGAGGGAGAGAGAGAAAAGCUCAAUCCAAAAAUAAAUUUUGUCUUAUAUAAUUAUACAGCGGUCAAUCUAUGCAUAUCCUAGAGAUAUUUCGAUCACGAGUGGCUGAAAUUGUUCCUUUCUCUGACUCUUCCUCUCUAUAAAUUUUACUUCAUUCAGCUUGUUAGCUUUUUUCUAUUUAGUUUAGUGUCUAUAACAAAUUAUAUCCAUGUAAUUUAAAAAAUCAACAUUUCAAACUUAAUUUAAAUUUGUGCAUUAUCUAAAGGGAUCUAUGACUUAGUUCAUGAACAACCUCAUUUCUCUUAUACCGUGUCUUUUUCAUUCCAUUUCCUCCUCCUCCUUCCCUUACUUCUGGAUUGUGAUUUUUCUAAAGUGUCAUUCUCCAUUUCAUAUGUGUCAAAAACAGACUCCCCUGUAAUAUUAAAUAAAAAUUUUUUUUAAAAAAAACAGAAAAGUAAAAUAAAUGAGAAAUGUGUACAAUAACACUCAAUUUCAUAUGUGUGUGCCUUUAAAGAUAAGUCCUAGACCUCUCGCAUCUAGCUUAUUAAAGGGACACUAUAGUCACCAGAACAACUACAGCUUAUUUAAUUUGUUCUGGUGAGUAGAAUCAUUUCCCUUAGGCUUUUUGCUGUAAACAUUGUCUUUUCAGAGAAAAUGCAGUGUUUACAUUACAGCCUAGUGAUAACUUCCCUGGCCACUCCUCAGAUGGCUACUAGAGAUCCUUCCUGGGUCAUGGCUGCCUAAAAUGCAUCCAAACAUUCAGUAUCUCCUCCAUCUGCAUGCAGACACUGAAAUUUCCUCAUAGAGAUUCAUUGAUUCAAUUCAUCUCUAUGAGGAGAUGCUGAUUGGCCAAGGCUGUGUUUGAAUUGUGCUGGCUCUGCCCCUGAUCUGCCUCUUUGUCAGUCUCAGCCAAUCCUAUGGAGAAGCACUGUGAUUGGAACAGGCUACCACUUCUGAUGAUGUCAGCAGACUGCUUGUUUUUCUGAGUCUAACAGCAUGCAGAGUUACAGCCAUGGCCGCCUUUAGAAAUUGUGGGGCCCCUAACACAGCUCAAGGUCUGGGCCCCCAGGUGCCCGCCUUCAAGCCCCGCCUCCAAAUCCCGCCCACAGGAAUACACACACAGACACAAAAGGACACAGACACACACACACAGAAAGAUACACACAAAUACUGAAACAGACAUACACACACACAUACUGACAUACAGACACACACUGACGUACAUACAUACUCACACACACACAUACAGACAUACAUACAUACUGACAAAUAGAAAUACAUGCAAACUGACAUACAGACAUACAUACAUAAUGGCAUACAUACACAUACAUACAUGCAGACAUACAGAUACACAGAUAGAUAUAUACACACACAUAUACAUACAGACAUACUGACACACACAGACAUACAUGCAUACUGACAUACAUACAUACACACAUAAGUACUGACACACACACACAGACAUAUAUACAUACAUGCAUACUGACAUACAGACAUACAUACAUACAUACUGACAGACAUACAUACAGACAUAUAUACAUACUGACAUACACACACAUACAGAUAGACCCAUACAUACAGACAUACUGACAGACAUACAUGCAUACUGACAUACACACACACACAGAGAUGCAUGCAUACUGACAUACAUACACACAUACAUACUGACACACACACACACAUACAGACAUACAUACAUACUGACAAACAGACAUACAUACAGACAUAUAUACAUACAUAAUGGCAUACAUACACAUACAUACUGAUAUACAUACAGACAGACAUACACACACACACACACAGAUAUAUACAUACAUAGAUACAUACAGACAUACUGACACACACACAGACUUACAUGCAUACUGACAUACAUACAUACAUACACACAUACAUACUGACAUAUAUACAUACUGACAUACACACACACAUACAGACACAUACACACAGACAUACAUGCAUACUGACAUACACACACACACAGACAUGCAUGCAUACUGACAUACAUACACACAUACAUACUGACACACACACAUACAUACAGACAUACAUACAUACAUACUGACAAACAGACAUACAUACAUACAUACAUAAUACAUACAUAAUACAUAAUACAUACAUACAUACAUACAUAAUGGCAUACAUACACAUACAUACUGAUAUACAUACAGACAGACAUACACACACACACACACACACACAGAUAGAUAUAUACAUAUAUAGAUACAUACAGACAUACUGACACACACACACAGACAUACAUGCAUACUGACAUACAGACAUACACACAUACAUACUGACACACACAUACAGAUAUACUGAUAUGCACACACAGACAUACAUGCAUACUGACAUACAUACAUACACACAUACAUACUGACAUAUAUACAUACUGACAUACACACACACAUACAGACACAGACACACAGACAUACUGCAUACUGACAUACAUACACACAGACAUACAUGCAUACUGACAUACAUACAUACACACAUACAUACUGACACACACAGACAUACAUACUGACAUACACACAGACAUACAUGCAUACUGACAUACAUACAUAUUGACCAACAGACAUACAUACAUACUGACAUAUAUACACACACACACACACACCAUUUAUCAGCCACCCUCCUCUUACCUUUAAGUUGCAGGAGGGUGGCUGAGGAUGAUGGGAGCGGAUGCCUCUGGUGUCCUCUCCUGUCCUCUGCUCUCCCGAUGCUCUCCCCCCGCGCGGAGUAAACUGGGAGGAAGUGACUGGCCAUCACUUCCUCUCAGCAGCACUUGCGGUGCAGCCGCAAUUUUUUUUUUUAAAGGGGCCCGGUCGCGCAAUAACAGGGCCUCAGCGCUGAUCGGGCCCCUGAAGAUAUUGGGCCCAUCAGGUGGCCCUAAAUGCUUGGACCACCUGAUGGGCCCCGGUGCAGAUGCACCUGCGGCAGUUUCGCCGCUCCACGUGGGGCCUGGUCACCAUUACGGUUGUCACCCCCUGAUGGCGGCCCUGGUUACAGCUUCAGGCUUGAAAACAGUAAGAUUUUUACUAUAUUUAUGGAGGCAAGAGGGGCCCAGGGGGGCUAGAUGGUAGAUUUAACGCUAUAGGGUCAGGAAUACAUGUUUGUGUUCCUGACCCUAUAGUGAUCCUUUAACUACCCCCCUUUACAUUUCUAUUCCCAUUUGUUGUGCCUUGUUUAAGCCUGUUCAUUAGUGAUGUCCCGAACGGUUCGCCGAACAGUUCGCGAACAGCUCGCCACGGACUCAUCAUUGAGUAAACUUUGACCCUGUACCUCACAGUCAGCAGACACAUUCCAGCCAAUCAGCAGCAGACCCUCCCUCCCAGACCCUCCACCUCCUGGACAGCUCACUAAGAAUGCAGCUUCACAAUGAAUGUAAAAUGGAUGCUGUCCAGGAGGUGGGAGGGUCUGGAGGGAGGGUCUGCUGCUGAUUGGCUGGAAUGUGUCUGCUGACUGUGAGGUACAGGGUCAAAGUUUACUCAAUGAUGAGUCCGCGGCGAACCGUUCGGGACAUCCCUACUAUUCAUUUAUCGUGUAUUAUAGUGUUAUAUUAACUAUGUGCAUAUCGAAAUGUGAAUCAUCAUUCAGCACCCAAUAAAAAAAAAAAAACUGAAAUUAAUACAUUUAAAAAUUCUGUGAAAUACUGUAAUACCAAAUUCAGUUUAUAUGUAUUUAUAUAAACCUCUCUCAUCUGUGUUCUCUUUAUAUUUCCCUUAAUCAUUUCUUACAAACUAUUUUCCAUUAAAGUGCCAUAUUUCACUCUAUGCUUGUCAAAAAUAUCCACUAUAGUAUCAUAUUUCACUUUGUGCAUAUCAAAAAUGAUUAAUUAAUAAUUCAUCAAGGGAAAAAAUAAAACAUAAAAAUCAGAAAGGAAUGACUUAUGUCUAUUAGGCCUGUUCUCCUGCAUCUAUGAUAUUCAUUUCUCAAAGCCAGAGCUUCAGUUUUUUUGGAGACUGAAAUUGUUUCCACCUUGAACCAAGAUUUGAGCAGGGAAUCCCUACUUAUAUCUUAUAUCCUUUUCUCUAAAGAUUGCUGUGUAAGUGGCAAAGAGCGUCUCUUCAUUCUUAAGUAGUAUGACAAAUCCAGAAAUAGCUUAAUCUUUUCAUAUGGUGGUGAUGGUACUCUUUCUUUUCGGGCUUUUGGGAUGAUCUCCUUAAUUCGAUAGGAAGAGCAGCAAACAAGGACGUCCCUUGGGAUAUUGUCUGGCACCUGUGGAGCCUUAAGUGUCCUAUGCCAUCUUUGGAAAUACUGUGGGUAGCCUUCUUUCUCAAUUCCCAUUUUUAAAAGGAAUUAUUUAAAGGAUCACUAUAGGGUCAGGAACACAAACAUGUAUUCCUGACCCUAUAGUGUUAACACCACCAUCUAACCUCCCUGGGCCCCUCAUGCCUCCAUAAAUAUAGUAAAAAUCUUACUGUAUUCAAGCCUGAAGCUGUAAAUCUGCAUGCUGUUAGAUUCAGAAAAACAAGCAGUCUGCUGACAUGUGGUAGCCUGAUCCAAUCACAGUGCUUCCCCAUAGGAUUGGCUGAGACUGACAAGGAGGCAGAACAGGGGCAGAUCCAGCACGAUUCAAACACAGCCCUGGCCAAUCAGCAUCUCCUCAUAGAGAUGAAUUGAAUCAAUGAAUCUCUAUGAGGAAAUUUCAUGUCUGCAUGCCGAGGGAGGAGACACUGAAUCACAGGAUGCUGUGCACAGUGCUGCCCUGUGCUCUGCUGACAGCAGAUCUGAGUGGAUGGCGGCAUAUUAUGCCUCCAUCAACUCCAAAGUCUCUCUGGUUCACUCUGAGUGACUUCAACUGGAGGUGUUCCUAGCUUUCAAUGUAAACACUGUAUUUUCUCAGAAAAUACAGUGUUUACAUGAGAAAGGCUGCAGGGAGCUAUAGUUCUCACCUGAACAACCUCAUUAAGCUGAAGUUGUUCAGGUGACUAUAGUGUCCCUUUAAGAAACUUUCCUAUAUUCUCACUGGAGACAGAUUCCAGAAUGCCUCUUAUGUCUGGAUUUAUCUUCCAGAUCCAUUAUCUUCCAUUCCAGAUCCGUUAUUUUAUUCUUAUUUUGGAUAUUCCUCUCUUGUUGAGAAGUAAUCAUGAAGUCUAGGUUUUCUAUUUUUUUCUUUGUUGUCUUUUACCUUUUUCGUUAGAAUAAUUAACUCGGAUUUUAUUUCCUUGAUAUUCAUUUCUAUUUCUGUCUUAAUUUUAACAAAUUGUUGGUCCAAAGCCUCCAUUAGUAAUUCUAGGGUAAUUGAAUUGUGUCCUGGGCUCGAUGAACAUUCUUUAUGGCUCUCUUCAUCUUUUCUUUGUUUGUUGCUUAAUUAAUCUUUCAGAAUUAAUUUUCUCUCCUUCUGAUUUGGAUAGUUGAGGUGAAAAGAAGGAGAGACGUUUCUCUACUUUUGUGUCCUUUUCUUUUCUUUUUAGUCAGCUGUUUAGGUUCUUGGCCCUUCUUGGCAGCCAUUGUUUUCCCUUUUAAUUUAGAUGUUUAUUUUAAAAAUGCAGAAGACAAGCUUUCGCCCUGAAUGUUUUCAGGCUAUCGGCCCAUAAAAAAUUGUGUUUAGUUUCUUUAUUUCUUAACCCCAGAGUAGAAGGGAACACAAAAGGAAAAGCAAACAAACCAAGAAGACCUAUAUACAUAUGUACAAAAAAGUUUAGACGUGUCCCUUCUCUUCUUUCUCUUCCUCUGCUUUAGGAUUCGGUUAAUCACUAAAUGAAUACCUUUGCUUGAAGAGCCUGAUUUAGGAAGGUCAAAUAUUUAAUAUUUCAGCUGCUAAUUCUCUCCUUUCUUUUCAUUCCUGCAGCACCCUCUAUUUUUCUUCUUCUUUUCUCUUCUCCCCCCUUCUUCUCUAUAUUUUCUCUCUCCUUUUUAGAUGUGAGCUUUCACUGAGUUAUAUUUGUAUUUUGUGCUUGGUUAUACUCCCUCAGCAUUUAUUGCCUCAGCUUGUAUGCCAUUUUGUCAUGGGAAAGGAGAAUCAGUGUCAGUAAUUCCAUGUAUAGUAUAGCUGAGAUCUUUUGCUGUGUGACUAGAAUAUCUCCUCUCCUUUAGGUCUCUCCUCUCUCCUCUCGUUCGUUCCUUUCAAAUAUGCUCAAAACUGAAAAAUUCAAGAGAACUAAUUUACUUGGUUGUUUUUAAGUAUUACAAAUGAUCUGUGGUUUCAAUAACUUCAAUUCAUAUUUAGAUGAGACACAACUCCAAGAAAAAAAAAGUUACUUCAAUGUGCAGUUUGUAUUUCCAUUUAUUCUUAUAUUAGCUGUUGAUCAGUAGUGUAUCCUGGUUUUGAACUGCCCUAGACAUGACAAAACCCCCCACCACCCCCCGUUCCCCAGCCACCACCCCUUCCCAGCCUUCUAAAUACACACACACACAUUCACUGACAGACACACAUACAAUAGCUAACGGACACACAUACACUCUCACUAACAGAUACACACACUCACUAACAGACACACACACACACUCACUAACAGGCACACACACUCUAACAGACACACACACUCACUAACAGACACACACACUCACUAACAGACACAUACACACACUAACACACUCACAUUUUUUUUUUAAAUUCAAUCCCCCCAGCCUCCUUACCUUUGGGAAUGCUGGGGUGGCUUCUCGUUUCCCUGGGAUCCAGUGGGGCUGCUGGGCUGCUGGGCAGCCAGCCGGCCGGCUGAUGACUGCAGGCAGCGAGGGAGCACUGAUCCUCCUCUCUAGCUCUCUAGCGCGCCGCAAAGUGAUGCCGGGAGCCAGAAUAUGACGUCAUAUUCCGGCUCCCGGAUCACUCUGCGGCGGCGAGGAAGCUGAGCAGAGAGCUCACUAAUUAGUGCUCCCUCGCCAGCAUGGCCCGCCCGCCUGGAUUGUCAGUUAGCCACCAGGCUAACAAGACAUUUGCCUGGGCAUUUGGGGGCGGCUUUUAUGCCGCCCCCUGGAAGUGCCGCCCAAGGCAAAUGCCUUGUUUGCCUCACAGCUAAUACAUCCCUGCUGUUGAUAACUAGAUUGCAACAAUCAGAAUUAAAAAUGGAGCUUUAUGAUGGGUCUUUUAUUUUUGUAUUUAUUUUUAUUCUUAUUUUACUCCUAUUUUUUCUUAGGUUUUAGUACAGUUUAUACAAUGGUUCUGUUAAAUGUUAAUUUGUUCUUGACACAAAUUUUUAUGGCCCUGUACUUGGAUACCCCAUGUAAUAGGAUAGCACCAUUUAAAACCAUGUUGGCAUUUCCUAUUUAUGAAUGCUAAUUGCUAUAGAUAUCUACCUUUUUUUUAAAAAAAUCUUUAUUUAUGUUGUGGAGAAAUCUCCACUUGAUUUGGUAAUAUGCAAUAACAUAAAUUUUUCAAGAAUAGGUAAUGCUAUUUGACACUAAACAUCUUAACUUUAAACAGUGCAGUUAAGAACCCUGUGGGUAUAUGGUCAUUCCUCUGUAAAUGGUCGCCAGUCUGUUCGGGGCAUUCCUUCACGCAUUCACUCCUUCCUUAGAUGUACACAUUCGCAGCCUCACUCAAGUCACCUACGCAAUGUCUCCUUCCAUCAUCCCACCCUGCUCCAUGCGUCUGCGGAUCAUGUCAAUCCCUAAUGCGGUUACACUGUCAUGCUAGCCUGAGAGUUAACCCCUGUAUAGGCAUGAGGUCUUCUUCCAUUCCUGUCGUCUAUUGCAACAUACAUUCAUUCCCUUAGCUUACACCUGUGUAUAAUUCCCUCCUAUUUGUUGCCCAGUGCGUCUAAAUAUAGCUGAUGGGCACAUACUGCAGAUGUCCCCCUAGGAUAUCUACCUAUUAAUGGUUUGACUUUGUAAAACUGGGUACACUCUGUGCUGGUAAAAUUUUGUGCGCUUAUGUGUAUAUGUCUUUGAAUAAAUCAUUUAAAAAAAUGUAUAUUUACUGUUUAUUGUCCCAAUAAACUACUUUUGGAAAUAUAGUGCUUAUGUGGCUUUCUGGUACAUAGCAGAACAAGAACAUGUCACCGUGCCCACGGGAUGCGAUCCAGAGUUCAUAUACCUGGUUCACAUUCUGCUCCCAAAUGUGCAUGCGCAGAUGUCACGCAUGCAAGUUUUGGGGUCACAUUGGCAUAGCCAAUGAAGGCACUGCUGGGGAUAUAUAUAGCUUAUUGUGACAUUAGCACAGUCCGCUGUCGUGGUUUCCCUUGUGGGCAUCCAAGAGCACGUCAUAUUGAUUGACAGUUACAGUGUAUUGAUUGACCUUAUUGACAGUGUACACUUAAGUUGUGGUUUGUCAGUGAUGGAUGUGACUUACAUAGUAUUAGGUAAACCAGAAACAUUUUAUACUAUAAAACAGAAUUACAAAUUUAAGACCAAAAUAGCUGGGAUACGAAAAAAACUCCAAUUUAGCUACCUCUUUCCAUUUAGGUCCAACAUUUUUAAUUUUUUUUGUAAACUCUCCACAGAACUUUGUUUAGUGAAUAAAACUGAAUUGAAUUAAACCUUGACCCUGUUGAUAAUCUUUGCUAUGCACAGCUUGCCAGACACAGAGAAGACCUCUUCAAAAAGCAUUCGGCAUCAUUCCAAUACCAGAAUUGCAUGAAAAAAAAUCAAGUGGUGGAGGAAUACUUGGAAAUAUCCUAAACAAGGGAGGGCUCAUUGGUGCUGGUCAAAAACUGCUGGGAAAUGUGGUUAAUCUUGUUGGGUAAGUACUAUAAAAAAUAUAUUUUUUUAAUGUCAGCUUCUCACACUGAGUUAGAAACAGAGGCAUACCUAGUGUAUUUGUCACCCAGGGUAUAUAUUUUUCAUUUUCAUUCAUUCACUUAAUUUUCUCUCCUCUUUGUGUAUCCUGCUUGCCCACUUGCAACAGUCUCAUACUGUUGUCUGCUUCCCCAUCUCUUCAUAUUUGUAUCUCUCCCUUUAAUUACAACUCUGUCCCACUAUUUCAACUUACAAUUGUCUAUUUUUGUCCUAAUACCCCAUUCGCUUUUGUGUCUCAUAAGUCUCAUGUGUCCUUCCUACCUCCAACCCCUUUUGUACCCUUUUUUUUGUUUUGUUUUUUACUCCACUACUCAAAUACAAUUUUUUUUUUUAAAUCACUGUUUAAUGCAUGGCUGUCCAACCUGCGGCCCCCCAGAUGUUGCUGAACUACAACUCCCAUGAUUCCCUGGCUAUCUGUUUAAUUGAAAGAAUCAUGGGAGUUGUAGUUCAGCAACAUCUGGGGGGCCGCAGGUUGGACAGCCCUGAUUCAAUACAUGCAUGCAUUUAAUUAUGCAUUUUUCCAUUGGGUAUAUCUAAGACCAGCAAGGUUUAUUGCCUAUGUGUGAUGGGUAUUUAAGUCAGAUAAAAAUAUGCAUGUAGGCCCAUGUGUGAAUGCAGGUGUAUAUUUUUGCAGAGUCAAAUGCACACAGUCCCACAGUCAGAUGCCUAUAGUUAUACAUAUACACUGUCAAAUAUAGGUAUAAUUAUGGGCCUCUGACUGUGGGACUUUGUGUAUUUGACUCUCCAAAAAUAGACUGCAUGCCUGUGACCCAUGUGCUUAUGCUUUAGUAAAUGCCCUAACUAUAAUGCCAGUUUGAAAUUAGCUUUACAUACCUACCAGGAUAUCACUGAGGAGUAGUUACCAUUCCAGCUGAUACCACACCAUCCAGAGUGACGGGGUUGUUUCAAGCAUGCUCCAAGCCUGCAUCAGAUUUUUUAACCCAGCAGGAAUCUGACCAUGCACAUGCAGCACAGGCCACAACUUACCGCGUCACUGGACAUGAUGUGGGUGUCACGGUGCCUGACUGGCGCCUCGGUGUGACCGCACCUGAUCAGAGUGGUCACACUAUCUCAAUGCCCAAUCGGCACCACGAUGUGACCGCAUCUGAUAGGUGAGGUCACACUAAAGUAGGGAGAGGUUAGUCACCUUACCUCCAAAAUCUCUCCCUUCAUGCAGUCCUUAAUACAGCGGCUGGGUCCAGCAUUAGGAAGGAAGCCGGCCGCUGCAAGGCGGCGCUAUGUAGUAACGCUGCCUACAAUUACAUCACUAGUCACAUGAACGUGCGUGCGGUGUCACUUUUUGUGCCGUGCAUGCAAGUUCUAGGGUUAUGGGCUAUUUAAACCCAAACCUGCAGUUGUUCAGUGCCCUGUCGUGGUUUCCAUCCUGUUGGUUAUCCGAGAGCACGUUCCUGAUUCUGUUAAUUGUUUUUUGAUCUUGGCUUUGCUUGAUUUCCCAUAUUUCUGGUUUCCCUGACCCUUUAGCUUUUUUAUUGCCAUAUUUGUUCCUUUCUGUAUUCCUGAUCACGGCUCAUGACUGUUUAUUCUAUUACGUUAAUUCUGGCCAUUCUAAGGCCCGGUAAUACGUUGUUACUGUUUGUCUUUGUUACGUGUUUUACUUAAUUCUGCGUGUUGGACCAGAUUGCAGCAUAUAGUCAGUCAAACGCACCCAGGGAUCCCCCCUGUAGCUGUUCAGGCCUUCUAUGAGCCUUGCAGAUUGGGGGUGCGUACACAGCAGCCACCUCGGGUAAGUAUGAUGAGCUCCCUCAGGAGUAUUUAUAUAAGUCCAAGCCAAGAUUCCGUGGCUGCCAGGAUAACACCCAUGGGUGAGGAAAGGGAAAUGGGGUACUCCACUGAGGCUUCCAAAAUCAGAGAUAUAAAAACAGAGAGAUUGACUGUCUCCCUCACGCCAGUGUCGUCUGGUAGGCCACAGAUAGGCCACAGGACUUCCCCAACAGAAAACCCACCAAAAGAAGCCAAGUUGCCUCCAAUAAUGAAAAUCUAGUUAGUAUGUCAGCAGCUUCAUUAAACUGAAUUGGGGCAAUUAAUAUGCUGUCAAAAAGGCUAAUAUUCAGGAGGUCUGGUGGAGCUCAAGCCUCAUAUGACUGCUUCAAACCAUGCCUCAUCAAAUAAUAUUCUAAGGUACUUCGAUGCCCUCUUUAAUGGGGGGCACAUUACACAUUAGCUGUUUCAAAGCACAUUGCAAAUAGUAAGAGCACACAAAUGUAUUCUACCUAAUGUGAAAACAGCAAUGAAAUUGGAAUAAUCGCUAUAUCUGGGCAACAUAUAAAGGUGAAGAUGACUAUAUGGCUAUAAUCUGUUUCCUUUUUUUUAAAGCUAAAAUAUCAUGUAAUGUGGGUUUUGUUAUUUACAAAAUAAUAUUUCAGUAUUUUCCCUGUAAAGUGUAUAUAUAUAUAUUUUUUCCCUGUGUUUCCACUCAGGAUUAAAAUUCUGGAGGUGAAUCUUCCUGAAUUAAAUGUGAAACUAGUGCCAAAUAUAGGGGUUCAAGUGUCCGUAGACACCAGCUUACAUAUCUCAGGAAAUCUGUAAGUAAAUUUAGCAAAGCAUAUAUUAAAAGCAUUUAUGUGUGUGUGAAAUAUUUGUGUGUGUGUGUGUGUGUGUGUGUAAAGAGAGUGAGAGGCAUAUAUUAUGUGAUUGUCUCGUGGUUUGCUUAUGUACCAAAUAAAAUGCAUAAGGUUUGGCUGUUAUUAAGACUUAUCUGCAAUGUUACUAAUUUAAGGCAAGAUGGUCACUUUAGAGCAAAAAAACCCUCAUAUUAUCUACUAACUCCUUAUGACCAAAGCUCUUUUGAGAUGCAACACUUUUGCGACCAAGGCAUUUUGGCACUUCUGCCAUGCAUUCAUUUUGCCACAAUUGUAUCCUGUUUAAGUGCACCCAUACAUGAUUUAUAUCUCCAUAGUAUAUCUACUUAAUAGGUACAGUCCCUAUAUUGGGUCCAAACCCCCUUCUCCCUCUUUUGUAUUCUUUUGUCCCUCUUUAAAAGGAGUUUAAUAUUCUUGGUAUGUCUGCAUUUAUACCAGAGCUCCACAGCAAUAAUACUCUCAGUCACAUGUCUUUAAAGUGACUCUAUAGGCACCAAAACAAUUUUAGCUUAAUGAAGCAGUUUGGUUGUACAGAUCAUCCCCCAGCAGUCUAACUGAUCAAUUCUCUGCCAUUUAGGAGUUAAAUCACUUUGUGUAUGUAACUGUAGCCACACCUUCCUGCAUGUACAUUACACAGCUUUCCUAAACACUUCGUAUAAAGUGAGAUCGAAUUUUAAAAUUUGCUUUAUUGCACAUUCUGUUUAAUUUAGGAUGUCUUAUCCCCUGAUCUGUUGAUAGCCUUCUAGACCAUGCAGGAGCCUGUGUGUGAUUAAAGUUCAAUUUACAGAGAAGGAUUUAAAAACAACUUCUAAAGCAAGUUAACUUCUGAUUAAAAAUUAAAUUUUCAUGCAGACUGUGUGAAUCACAGCCAGGUGAGGUUUGGCUAGAUCAAAUGAACAGAAACAAAAUUAUUUAAGUCCUAAAUAGAAGACAAUUUAGAAGUGAGGCUGCAGAGGCAUGAUCUAUACACCAAAACUGCUUCAUUAAACUAAAGUUGUUUUGAUGCCUAUUGUAUCCCUUUAAACUCUAGUAAAUGUGUUUAGAAAUCACUCUGUAAAUAAUUUACCUUGAUCUUGUUCUAAAUUACAUUUUAGUUGCGUAAAUUGUUAUUAGUAAGACAGCUAAAAUGUAUCAGCCCCGCCCCUGGUCACAUUCCCACUCACACCUCUAAAAUGAAAGUGUCCCUCUUUGUCCAUUUGAAAUGUUGGAAGGUCUGAAAUCAUGUAUUGUUUUACUACUCUAAUAGUAGUCAAACAAUCCGGUCACUUCUCUGGAAUUGACACCAUUGGGUAAAAACACUGUAGCCUUCCGAAUAAAAAUCUUUAUUCCUAACGCUAUAGUGUCUCCCUUUUCCAUAUUCCUAUUCAGCACUCCUCCCACUUCUGGAUGUAUUAAAAUUUUAAAAAAGUAUUACUUGGCUUUUUCAAGCUUCAAGGCUGUCUCUCAUCGCUGUUCAGCUCCCUUUCUGCCGCAACUUCAUGGAGGAGGCCAAUUCAGUGCUAGCAGAGCAUAGGGGACCUAAUGUGUAAGCACAGCAAGCUUUACCCGGCCAGUGCUGUGGAACCACCUCUAGUGGCUGUUGUACUAAAAGCCACUAAGAGUUGGACUUAAUCACGGAUUGUAAAUGUUGCUGUUUCUCAAAAACUGCACUGCUUUAUACUGCGGGGUUAAAAAGACAGGACCACUGCACCCUGGCCACUUCAUUAAGAUGAAGUGCUCUUGGGGACAGUAGUGUCAAUUUAUGGUUUAUCCCCUUAAGGACCAAACUUCUGGAAUAAAAGGGAAUUAUGACAUGUCACACAUGUCAUGUGUCCUUAAGGAGUUAAGUGUAAUAGGACAUUUAGUUGCACACUCUAUGAUAAUUGUACAAAUAGCUCAAUAUCGAUUUGAGAUCUAACAAUUUCUACAAAAAUAUAAUCUUCAUUAGAUUGUUCCCACUGUAAAAAGGUCUUCCUUCCUGAGGCCCAAUGAAUAUAUAUAUCUGUUCCAAUAACUGAAGCAGAUUUAAAACUCAGCUUUGUGUCCAGACCUAGAGGUCGCCUACAUCAUUAAUGAACAAACCUUUAUAUUUCUACAGUGUAAUUGUUGGUGGAAUUGAACUAAAAGUCGGAGCUGGAGUCCUUGCCGAUGUAAGAGUUUCAAAGACAAAAGGAGGAUUUCCUAUCUUGGCUGUUACUGCCUGCAAGUCCAUUCUUGGAGAUAUCGAUAUCACAGUUGGAGGUUUUGGGUAA